UUCCCAAGAUUGCAUGCGUGUAUACUGUGCAUUACACGUGCAUGUGUUGGGUUAGGAAGUUAGGAGUAGAAAUACACAUGCAAACUUUGCAAAAGCCCUGUGCGCCCAUUCACACGUGCAAACACGUGUACAAAUGUAGGUGGAGAUGGUUUUCCCAGGCAUAGGAGCUACUAAAAGUUGGGAAGAUCGCGGAAGAUACCUUGCAUCUGAUUUUUUGCCCAGGAUUCAAGCAAAGCCAUGGCUCUGUUUUACGGAGGUUCGUCGGGUUACAACUUUAGGAACAAAAGCAGCCCCCCGAUUAACACGCAACCCUCACCUGUAGAUUUGGGCUUCAAGAUGGAGCUGGUGAUGCCCUUCUGGGGCAAAUAUCGUCCAUUUACUGGGCGCUGUUGCCAAAGAUGCACCCCAAAAAGCUGGGAAUCCUUUUUCCACAAGCGCCUGACCUCUCUGGGAUUUUGCAAUGUCAUCAAGAUAACAGAAGAAAACACCAGGUACAGAGGCUGGCUGGUGAGGAGACUCUGCUAUAUCCUUGCAGUGUGCGACUGGAAGGUUUGUGCCGAAACCCCUGGAGACCUCCAGAAAAAAAUCUUGGGCAGCAAGAGAAUACAAGAUAUUGUGUGCCAGACGGUGCCUCGGGGCGAAGGGGAUUCACCAACGGCUGGCAUAUCUGUAGCCCAGUGGACCAAGGAAAUCCACAGGAUCCUUUGCCAGAUACAAGCCUCUCUCUCUCCUUUUCUGUUGAGGCUUUGCCACUGGGCUCUGCUGAAGCUCCUAAACCAGAUGUUCCUCAAUGUGAUAGUCCACAAAGGGCAGCUGGAAAUGGUGCGCAAAGCUGCGCAGGUGCCUGAUGUUCCAAUGGUCUUUCUAUCAACACAUAAGUCGCACCUGGAUGGGCUUUUGAUCCCAUUCCUCCUAGUCUCUCAGGGUUUUGCCAUGCCCAGAGUAGCUUGGGACUGCAAAGCCUUCACCCCAAAGUACAGGGCAAUGUUGACUCAGUUAGGAGGUGUGUUUCUUCCUGAAGGAGUGGAGCAAAGACAGGACAGCAAACAGGGAACACUCUCCAAAGCGGUUGUAGCUUCAUAUGUUGAGGAACUGCUGAAGAGCAGACAGCCUCUCUUGAUCUUCUUGGAAGAAACCUUCUCUGGAGUGUUGCAGCUCUCUGCCUCCAGCAAGGAAUGGCUGAGCCUGGUAGUCCAUGCUUUCCACAGUGGCACCAUUCCCAAUGUUUUGGUUGUGCCGGUUGGAGUCUCCUAUGAUGUGGCUCCUGAUUUGGGUCACAGGGGACAAGAGAGUCCUGCUCAGACGAUUAGUCUCUGGACGUCCCUCUGGACCGUCUGCCGAGCCGUAUAUCGCCGACUGGGCUGCGUCCGGAUUGAUUUUGCUCAACCUGUCUCUUUGCAAGAGUAUGCCACCAACAACCUCUCCGGAAAGAAAUGCAUCGGAAGACACUUGAAGGAACUUCUCCUACCAGAAAUACUUGGCAAAAGUCCCAGCAAGAUGGAUUGUGAGAAGCUGCAGCGUUGGCCAACAGGCUUCCAGGGCGAAGGAGCCAAGCAAGAAAUCUUGGUUGACAACCUGAGCCUGCACUCUUUGAUCGCUGGCGUGUCUUGCUCUGCCAUCAUGGCUGCGGAGGUUAUGGCUGCCCUUCUGCUGCACAAACACCAAGAGGGAGUCCUCCUUUCCCGACUGAUGCAGGACUUUGCCUGGCUCACAGAGGAGAUCUUGCUGCAUUAUUACGAUGUGGGUUUCUCGGGGCAGGUGCGCAAUGUAGUGAGGCAUGCUCUCCUUUUGCUGCGACACUGCAUCACCAUCCAACACCUCUCAGUGGGGGAUGUGCUAGUGACCCCCAAAAAGACAGAGGCAGCCGUUACAGAGCUGAGCCAACACAGUGCCGCCCUCCUCCCUGUCUUCAUCCAGGAAUCUCUGGCGGGCUGUGCCAUCAAUGCCCUCCUGAUGGAACUUCUCCCUUUCCUUGGAAGCCCUGAGCAGCUCAGGGAUGUGUUGCUGGUCCAGGAGGAACUCCAUAACAAGACCUUCUUGCUGGCCCAGCUCUUGCAAAGAGAUUUCCUCCUGUGCCAGCCUUGUGAGUCUGUGUAUUCCUAUUGCCAGGCUGCCGUCGACAAGCUGAUCCUGUGUGGGUUGCUAGUAGCUGAGGAGGUGCCCAGCGACGUCUUGGUGUGUGACACAUCUCGCAAGCGCUUCAAGGCAACGGAUGACUUUGGCGACAGUGACAGCGACUAUGGGGAUGAUGCUGGGAAGCAGUGUUUCAAAGUGAACCAGCAGGAAAGUAGCUGCACCUUCUUUGUGUUCAUCUGUUGUCUUCUGAGUCCUCUCCUAAAGACCUUGGAUAGAGCUGCUGCCUUUCUGGGAGAGCUGAAGGACCCUCAGCCAGAGUCCCAGUACCUGGAAAGCCUGCAUCAAUUCUUGGUGAGGAAGGCAAGAGAGGACUGUUCCUUUGAAUGUGCCAACAUGACUCUAACCGCAAUCUCCAUCCAGAUCUAUAAAGAAUUGGGGGUGAUAAGAGAAGUCCCAGGGCAAAAGGAAGCCACUCUCCAUCUCUCUGAAACCUUUGCUGCCAAAGAGAACCAAGAGAAACUGGAGAAAUUCAUCCGUCAAUUUAUCUACAACUAGGCUCCAAAAAAGGGACACUUGCAAGGAGUAGUUGAGGGGUGCCAUUAAAUGUAUCCUUCUCCACCCAGUUUUGAUAGUUACCUUGCCAGGGCUAUGAUCCUUUUGGGAAUUUGAAAGGUGGAAAUGUUGCCUAAAGAGCACUUGUCUCGAGUUUGAGUUUAAAGAACAAAAUCCAUGAGCAUCUGACUAUUAGGAAUAGGGAUGACUUGUUCUACGACUUCUUGUUUUGCUGUUUCCAGUGCAUCCUACCCUUGGGAGCCUUUAUUGCUGCAGGGGUGGCAUUGCAAAGCUAAUAUAAUAAAACCAGUAAUGUUUAAUAACUUUGAAUUGUUAACUGUUGACUUCAGCAUGCUCCAUUUCUACAAAUACUAGCUUAUUCCUACUAAACUGAUGUGGAUAAAUAUUGUUCUGGUUUCAAAAAGCAUGGUUUCAGCACCAUUCCACUGUGAUGGAAAUACCUGUUUAAAAUACAAACAGCAUGGAGUUAUCAUCAAAGUGAUGGAGAACUCUUAAGUUUAUGGAAGGAUGUGUUUGUAUGUGUGAGUUGUCAUUUCCUUUUCUAAACAGCUAUUUUGGCAAUAGAAAAUGCUUAGAAAUGCAA